CUGUGAGGAGGAGAGCGAAAAGAAGGAGUGGUGAUAGAGGGCAAGGGGACUGCAGCAGUGGGGAGGGAAGGAGGGGUGCAGACAGCAGGGCUGGGGAGUUGCUCUGGAGAGGAGGGCAGAGGAGAGUGCAGUCACGGGGACCUGGGGAAGAUGGGUCCUUGGGGCUGGGCAGGCAGAGAGGGUCCAACCUGGAGGGGGGAGCAGGCAGGGGGAAGGAGGAGACACCGAGAGACCAGAGGUGCCUGCAGCCAGGAGCCAGGCAGGCUGCGGGGCUGAGAGGAGAGCCCUGGGAUGCCAGGCAUUCCCCAGGCCCCUCCGCCGUCACCCCCUCUCUGCUGACACUGUCUCUGUCUUCCAGGUCAGUGAAUAAUUUCCUGAUGACGGGCCCCAAGGCCUAUCUCAUCUACUCCAGCAGCGUGGCGGCCGGGGCGCAGAGCGGCAUCGAGGAGUGCAAGUUCCAGUUCGCCUGGGACCGCUGGAACUGCCCUGAGAGGGCACUGCAGCUCUCCAGCCACGGCGGGCUGCGCAGCGCAAACCGAGAAACCGCCUUUGUCCAUGCCAUCAGCUCUGCAGGCGUCAUGUACACACUGACCCGGAACUGCAGCCUGGGGGAUUUCGACAACUGCGGCUGUGACGACUCCCGCAAUGGGCAGCUCGGUGGGCAAGGCUGGCUGUGGGGAGGCUGCAGCGAUAACGUGGGCUUCGGGGAAGCCAUCUCCAAGCAGUUUGUGGAUGCCCUGGAGACUGGACAAGAUGCCAGAGCUGCUAUGAACCUGCACAACAAUGAGGCAGGUAGAAAGGCUGUCAAAGGAACCAUGAAGCGGACUUGCAAAUGCCACGGCGUGUCGGGGAGCUGCACCACCCAGACCUGCUGGUUGCAGCUGCCCGAGUUUCGGGAGGUGGGCACUUACCUCAAGGAGAGGUACCACAAGGCCCUGAAGGUGGACUUGCUGCAGGGGGCAGGGAACAGCGCUGCCAGCCGGGGUGCCAUCGCCGAGACCUUCAGCUCCAUCUCCAAGAAGGAGCUGGUCCACUUGGAAGACUCUCCUGAUUACUGCCUGGAGAACAAGACGCUAGGGCUGCUCGGCACAGAGGGGAGGGAGUGCCUGAAGAGAGGCAAGGCGCUCAGCAAGUGGGAGAAGCGGAGCUGCCGGCGGCUGUGUGGGGACUGCGGGCUGGCGGUGGAGGAGAGGCGGGCUGAGAUGGUGUCCAGCUGUAACUGCAAGUUCCACUGGUGCUGUGCCGUGCGGUGCGAGCAGUGCCGCAAAAGGGUCACCAAGUACUUCUGCGUCCGCAAAGAGAAGCGGGAGCGGAGCGGGAGUGGUGGGGCCAGCCGCAAACUCAAGAGAAAGCUCUAA